GGCACUGGUCAUGGCUCGCUGCAGGAGCUACUUACGAGGACUGGAUAUCUGCGUCACUGUUUUACUCUUGGUGUCAGGAAUGCUGAUGAUCACUGUGGGCUUCACCUCCAUUGAUGGUAACAAACCUGUAGCAAAGUUGUUGGACCAGUUGUCCAGCAGUGAUGGUCUGCUGGUGCUGCAGGUGCUGGGCCCCAUCACAGUGGUCCUGUCCCUCUUGGGUCUGUGUGCCGCCUCUUUGGACAUCAAACCUCUGCUUCUUCUGUUCUCUGCUCUCAUCUUAGUGGAGUUUGUGGCUCUGAUAGUGGUCGCCUCACCUCUCAUACAGAUACAAGCCCAGAUGGACAGUGCAGUGGAGGAUGUGUUUUUGAAUGUUACCCCACUCCACAAAGCAGAAACAUAUAUCAAACAGGAGCUGAGCAAACUGCAGGCAUCUGAAUCUUGCUGUGGCCUCAGGAGUUUUGAGGACUGGGAAGAUCAACCUCCAGCGUCCUGUCUUUGCACACCUCCCACUCCUUUCACAUCAAGUUUAAGAAGCACAGAUGUCCAUAAUACCAGCUCAGUGGACUGUAUGUUAGCAGUAAGUGAGACCUAUAGAGUACCACUUAAAACCUGGGUUCACUCCAAGCCCUGUGGCCCCAUUCUAAAGAGCUAUCUGAGCUUCCCCAUCAAACUCCGAAUAGGAAUAAUUUCUGCUGUAACCACCAUCAUAAUUGCAGCAAUUGCCCUGUCUCUUGCCAUGGGUUUGGAGAAGUAUUGGAGAAGUCCUGCAGUGGAGAGCACAGUGGAUGACUACAACAGAGUGAAAUACCAACCUCAACCCUACCUCUCCUGACAUUUGACCCCCUCACACAGCCGCUGCUUCAAAUAACUCCUGCUAUCUGUUGAGUAUUAGUGAAUGUUUUAAAAAGGCAUUUUCAGCACAGCUCAUCAGUGGCUGUUAAGACUGUUGACAUUUCUGAGGGGUCUGUUCAGGGAGUUUGGGAGGUGGUCAUUAUUGGCUCUAUUUUAGACAUGAAAGUGGACACAACAUACUGGUAGGAUUUCCAAGAAAUAGACUACUUCACCUUAGUGAUAUCCCAGAAUUUUUUGUUUUGUAAAUAGGAAAUGCUUU